CUUACAAAAAAAAUAUCGAGCAUGGCUGAAAUAAUGUCUCUAAAAAAAUCUAUAUGAUUGGCGAAAUUUUUAUUUUUAUUUCAUUCUUCGUUAUACCAAUACUUAAAAAAGAGGACAGGAAGUGGAUAACUCACAGGUCCAGGACAGAGAUCUAAGGACUAAGAAUGGACUCAGCUAAGAAAAACUGCGAGGAAUCUGAGAUGGCAGUCGAAAGUAUACCUGGGGAAGGUCCUUGUAUGGUUGAUACGAAAGAGAUCGACCCGGAUCAUGAAGAGAUCGAAAACGAUUUGGAAUUUGAUUCAGAAUUUUCACAAGAGCAUGUUAAUAGUUCACUGUCCGACCUAGGUGUAGAUGGUGGUGGUGGUGUUAAGCGAAAACAUGAAGACCUAAUGCAUAUUGAAGGAUCUGAAGCUAAGAGUGCUCACAUUGAAGAGCAAGGAAGUGAAGGAUACAAUGCUGUUCAAGAUCUGGAAGAUUCAUCUAAUUCACUGGAAUCAUCAGGCUUAACCCAGGAACAAGUUAUAUCAUCUAUAUCUCAAACAUGCCAAGUUGAUCCCCUCAGCAUCUCUCAAGCUCUGUCUUCGAUCACUGGACAAAUAAGCCAUGAACCAACACUUCUACCCAAUUCUUCUCUGGUUGAGAGUCGCGAAGAUGGUGUUAAUCAAGCUUGGUUUACUACUAAAGAAGACAAGGACAGCUUACAGGGAAAAGGUGUAAAAUGGAGACAAGGAAUGUGGUCCAAAGAAGAGAACGAUAUCCUGAAAGAAAAUAUCAUCAAUUACUGUAAAGACAACAAUAUUGCAGAUCCAAAUAUCAUCAUUUUCGACAUGUCUAAAGACGACAGAAAGGACUUUUACAGGACUAUAGCUAAAGGAAUAAAGCGCCCAUUAUUUGCUAUCUAUCGUCGAGUUCUUCGAAUGUACGAUCGACGUAACUACAUUGGCAAAUACUCACCUGAAGAAGUCAAGCAACUCAAGUCACUGAAGGAGAAAUAUGGUAACGAUUGGGCAACUAUUGGCGUCGCUAUGGGGAGGAGUGCAUCUUCUGUAAAGGAUAGAUACAGACUUCUGAAAGAGAACUGUCAAGCAGGCAAAUGGACGGCAGAAGAAGAAGAACGUCUAUCUAAUGCGGUACAUGAAUUAAGUGGGACGCAAGCAGGAGAUGUUGUCACUACUGGGAUUUCAUGGGCCCUUGUGGCGGAAAAAGUCGAAACACGAUCAGAAAAGCAAUGCAGGUCGAAAUGGUUAAAUUACUUGAAUUGGAAAGAAAAAGGAGGCAAGGAGUGGACAAAACAAGACGAGAUAAAACUCAUUAACAGGAUUUACGAAUUAGAUGUCGAAAACGAAAAUCUCAUUGAUUGGAAAACUUUGAUGACAAACUGGACAAGUGUCCGAUCGCCGCAGUGGCUUCGCAGCAAAUGGUGGGCAAUGAAAAAACAUAUUCCAGCGAAUGAUAUGAGCUUUAGAGAUAUAGUAGGAUACUUGCACCUUCACUAUGUAGAUACGUUACAGUCCAAAAUAGAAAGACAAGAAUCACGGUACAAGAACAGGCUUCCACAAGGAUAUGGAUCAGUGCUUAGAAAUCUUGAAAGAUCCAAUGCACACAAUGCUAAUAUUCCCCAUACUAUAACAGUGAAUAGUGAUGGAUCCAUUGUAACAAAAGACGAUAAUUCCACACACGCAAUGACGAAUCCCGGAAGGUACGAGGUUUUACAACUCAACAACGUUUCAUCUCCCGAUGGGGUGUUUAAUACUCAGGCCAACCAGCUCCAGCCGUCAUAUAUAAUUCACUCCAUGCAGCCUUCCUCGAUUACUGCACAGACAUAUAUCAUACAGCAACCCACUAUUGAAGUAGUAAGACACCAUGACACAAGUCAAGUAGAUACUGGUGCAGUACAUGGUGAACAGGUUCAAAUCUCUCCUCAAGGUGUUGUCAUGACGGCCGUCCUUCAUCCUCAUCAUUCAGUACGCUGCUUACCAGAAGUAAACCCGGAACUGGCUCAAGCCAUCGUACAGACAGACAUCUCUGGACCUGUGGAGGCUACCCAUCAUUUAAUACAACAUGAAGUCCCUGUCUCCAUGAACCAGCCUAAUGAUCAACAACAACUUCAAACACAAAUAACCAACCAAGUCAACAUUACCAGCCAUCCAACAGGGACACUCAUUGACAGUGCUAACAGCCACGAAUCGAAUUCUGAAGAGAUCAAUCAUGGUGCUGUUCUGGUCGGUAUUGCAGACAACUCACUAACAACCCAGAAUACUGAGGACAUCAGUACGAAUACUACAGAUCGGCCUAUUAAUACAACACAAUAUCAGCAAGGUCCAGCAGCUAUUGCACAAUCACUUGAUGGUACAGAACUGUGCGCCACCGCUGUGAGUGGUCAACAACUACCUGAAGGAAGAAUACUACAAGUGUCCAACCUUUCUUCUUUAAUCGCUACGUAUUCCACAGCAGCUUUCUCAACCAGCACAUCAACGAGUUCCCCCCAAGUCUCCCAUCAUGCUUUGCAAAAAUCAAAUACUGACACUCAGUCAAUCGGAAGUUCUACUGCUCAUUCCUUCCAAAUCUCAGACGUUUCACAAACCACCGCCAAUAACUUCAGGAGGUCGCACAGCAAUUCCACUGAGCUUGUACAUCAUUCUUUACAAAGUGCAACCACUUUGUCCCAUCAUACAAUACAUGGUGUUGGCAAUGAUGAAUUGGACUCUCGGCAAGUUUCGCAUGGACUGACAAGCAGCAAUCCAAACCUAUCAGCUAGUGAUUUAGUUCCACAAGCAGAUCUCCCUGAGCAAUUUCUCCAGUCACAAGCAGACGAUGCAGUAGAGUUAACAUUACCUUCUUCAAGUAGUAACGACAUUGUCAUGUCUUCUGACGUUUCUGCUUGCGUUACCUCUAUUCACCCCGACUUCAGUCACGCUGGUCAAGUGGUUACUAUGGCAACCUUAAGUACAUCUGAUUCAUUGAUGAUGAUGGGACAAGAUGGGGAACACUGUGUCAUAGUUGAAGAGGAAUGUCAUGGAUGAUGAUGUUAUAUGCCAAUACCACUGAUAGAUAGGACAGAAUGCUUCAUGAUGGAACAAGAUUACGAAGGCUAUGCCAUAUUGCAAGGGGAUUGCCGUGGAUUGAUGCUAAUCAGUGAUACUGGUAAAAGCAUACCUUAAGAUAGAGAAGAAGACUAUGUCAUAGUGUAAGAGGAAUGCCAUUGUAAAUGAUGAUACUGAAAUUGGUAAAAAGCAUACUCUGAGCACAUCAGAAUUAUCUUUGACAAUGGAGGAAGAUGAAGGACACUCUGUCAUAUUCAAACAAGAAUACCAUGCAUGACGAUGUUAUUGACAAAGAAACUGGUGAUAUUGCAUACCUGAUUCUUUGAGGAUGAUGGGGCAAGAUGGAGACGAUUGUGUCAUAGUUGAAGACGAAUGCCAUGGAUAACCAUAUUAUCUGCAAAGACACUGGUGCUUUGAUGCUCAACAUUUGUGUUUUUCGAAGAUGCCUGUCACAUUAUAUACAACUUUAUUUCCCAACUAUGUGAACUCAUUACAUUUGUGAGCAGUUCAAAUACUAAGUUGAAUGCUUGGGGCAAAUACACCUUGGAGACAUACAAUACCCCCAAAUUGGUUUAAAAAAGGGUAAAUCAAGGCUUGAUGUUCGUUGACAUAUAUAUACACGUCAAAUAAACGCUGGUUUCAAUAGCUUGUCAUCUAAUAUGAAAAACUAUUGCCCAAGCUUGAGAUGUUUACUAGAUACAAGUAUAGUAUCAUACAAAACAGUCUGUUAGUCUUGCGCCAUCAUUGAAAUCUGGUGGCCAAUAUUCCAUUUUACAGUUCCAUUCAGUGUCCACAAAUAAUAGUUCCCAGUGGAGGCUGGAGUUACCAUGCAUGAUAAACUGUAGUUUUCCUAUGGGCAGAAACUCCAGCCACGGCUAGGAACUAUUAUUUGUGGUCACUGAAUGGAACUGUAAAAUGGAUUAUUGACUUCAACUCCAGUUCAAUUCAAUUUGUCUAAUUAUUCAUUGGUGUUAUUAAAAGGGGCAAAGCAUUUGUUUCUUAUCUUUUGGUGAAUGAAAUGAAUAUAACAUUAAUUAAAGAUCAAAGAAAACCAAAA